AUGUCCUAUUCACCUGAAACAAGAUCGGAGAGUUGGCAGGAGGAUAAAAAUGGGCCAGCCAAGGACCAAGGCAACUACGACGGACCUCCGGGUUUGGACACCGUUGGUGCUCUUGACACAAACUGGCAUGAAGUCGUGGAAAGCUUUGAUGACAUGAAAUUAAAGGAAGAAUUGUUACGAGGAAUCUAUGCUUAUGGUUUCGAAAAACCUUCAGCCAUACAACAACGCGCGAUAAUGCCUUGCAUUCAAGGUCGCGACGUUAUUGCUCAAGCUCAGUCAGGAACUGGAAAAACUGCAACAUUCUCCAUUUCAAUUCUACAGCAAAUUGAUACUAGUAUUCGCGAAUGUCAAGCGCUUAUUUUAGCUCCAACCAGGGAAUUGGCACAGCAGAUUCAGAAGGUGGUUAUUGCUCUUGGUGAUCAUUUGAAUGCUAAAUGCCAUGCCUGCAUUGGUGGUACAAAUGUGCGUGAAGAUAUUCGUCAAUUGGAAAGUGGUGUUCAUGUGGUGGUUGGUACUCCUGGUCGUGUAUAUGAUAUGAUUACUCGUCGUGCCCUCCGUGCCAACACAAUUAAGCUAUUUGUGCUUGAUGAAGCUGAUGAAAUGUUAUCCAGAGGGUUUAAAGAUCAAAUCCACGAUGUUUUUAAGAUGUUGUCUUCUGAUGUGCAAGUUAUUUUGCUAUCAGCUACUAUGCCUGAUGAUGUGUUGGAAGUGUCACGGUGCUUCAUGAGAGAACCCGUGCGUAUUCUAGUGCAAAAAGAAGAGUUAACCUUGGAAGGUAUUAAGCAGUUCUUCAUUUCCAUUGAGAUGGAGGACUGGAAGUUGGAUACUCUAUGUGACUUGUAUGACACACUCUCCAUUGCCCAGGCUGUCAUUUUCUGUAAUACUCGUCGCAAGGUCGACUGGUUGACUGAAUCCAUGCACACCCGCGACUUCACCGUAUCCGCCAUGCACGGCGACAUGGACCAGCGCGAGCGCGAGGUCAUCAUGAGACAGUUCCGCACAGGGUCUUCCCGUGUGCUCAUCACUACUGAUUUACUUGCUCGCGGAAUUGACGUGCAGCAAGUGUCUUGCGUUAUUAACUAUGAUCUGCCCACCAACCGUGAGAAUUACAUUCAUCGUAUCGGAAGAGGCGGCCGUUUCGGUCGUAAAGCGCAUUCCAGUUUAUACUUUGUGUCCUGCAUUCUAUUGCGAUAUUUAAACGAAAAUCUACCAACUGAGCUGUUGAAACGCACUUUGGACACAACUAUGUGGAAA